CACCGCUCCGCCGUCCGCUCUAAAGGGCAACACCGCUGUCUAUCCCCUUUUCUGCCAGGCAGCUCUAGACCCCUUCCACUUUGCAUACCCUGGACAUCUCUGGACAUACUCUCUGCACAUUGCUCCCAACACCUCAGGAGUCGCGAAUCGUCUGCUAUCUAAUCGCCCUUUUGAUCACCAUGGGCUUUACCACAGGCUUCCUCGGUGGUUUCACCCUUACAAGUUCCGUCCUUUACUUGACUGUCGUCCUGCACCAGCGCAACCGUCUUCAGCAAUCACUAGCGCUGCGCCAAUCCUCGCUUGCCUUGGGCAACAUUGUUGAGCCGCAACCCACCUUUGUGCCGCCGUCGGCGCGUGAACGCCAUGCUGGUCUUGCCGAAACCGCAAAGGAUCGUUGGAAUGGCGAGGUUGAGCGCUUUGUCAAGAAAGCGUAUGAAGUUGACUGGAGCGAGGUUCGCGACAAUGCCGAGGCGCAGGUUACGAACGUAUGGCGGAGGAUUGUCGAGAGCGCGAACAAG